AUGAGGCUACCGGGCUACCUCGUCGCUUGCAAGCGUCCAUCCUCUCUCCUCAUCUCCGUCUCCCGCUCAACCAUAAAGCCCAUAACCAUCACCAGAACUUUCGCAACACAGAUCAGCCACUCAACCGCAUUCCGUGAAGAGCAUGAUAAAGAACGCGUUGUCAUUCUCGGCUCCGGCUGGGGCGGCUACAACCUCUCUCGCAAGCUCUCCCCGAACAAAUACAACCCCAUCAUCAUCUCCCCUCGAUCAUACUUCGUCUUCACUCCUCUCCUCACCGAUGCCGCCGGCGGCUCCCUAGACUUCUCCCAUAUCGUCGAACCCAUCCGCGACCCCUCCUCCAAAGUUGACUUCAUCCAAGCCGCCGCGCGAUCCGUCAACUUCGCCGACAAAACCAUCACCUGCGAAGCCACCGUCGUGAAGAGCGGCGUGACCGAAACCCCGCGAACCAGCGAGGACGAGGAAUUCCAACUCAAUGCUACCCAAUCCACAAGCCAAAAGCCUACCUGGGAAACCGGCGAAACAUUCACCAUCCCCUACGACAAGCUCGUCAUCUCCGUCGGCACUGUCUCCAAGACCUUCAGAACCCCCGGCGUGCGCGAAAACGCCCUCUUCUUCAAAGACAUCGGAGACGCGCGCAAAGUCCGUCGCCGAGUCCGAGAAUGCUUCGAACUCGCCGUCCUGCCCACCACCUCCCCAGAGCUCCGCUCUUACCUCCUCCACUUCGCCAUAGUCGGCGCCGGCCCAACAGGCACCGAACUCGCCGCCUCAUUACGCGACUUCAUCGUAAAGGACCUUGUUGCCCUCUACCCAGCCCUCAAAGGCAUCCCUAGAAUCAGCCUCUACGACAUCGCUCCCAAAGUCCUCUCCAUGUUCGACGAGAAACUCUCCCAAUACGCCAUGGACACCAUGCAAAAGGAAGGCAUCGAGAUCAAACCCUCCCAUCACGUCCAAAGCCUCCGAUGGGGCGAGCCCGGCGCUGAACCACCCUACGAGAUGGACCCUAAGCGCUGCCUCACCCUAACCACAGAAGAAGAAGGCGAAGUCGGCGUCGGCAUGUGCGUCUGGGCUACAGGAAACGCAAUGAACAAAUUCGUCCGCGAUGCCCUAACAACCGUCGACGAGUAUCCCUCCAAAUCUGCUCACUUGAUAUCCCCAUCCUCCUCCACUACAACUGACCCCCAACCAACCACCACCAAUACAACCUGGCACGUCAAAAAAGCCCCCAAAGUCGGUGCCCUCCUCGUCGACGGCCACCUCCGCGUCCAACUCGAAUCAUCCGACGAAUCGAAUCCCCAGACAGCAAUCCUCCAAGACGUCUACGCCCUCGGCGACAAUGCUAUGCCCGAAACCGGCGCUCCCCCGGCAACCGCGCAAGCGACAUUUCAAGAAGCGAAGUGGCUAGCGACGCGUCUGAACAAAGAUGACUUUGCGACGGCACCGCCCUUCUCGUUCCGGAAUAUGGGGACGUUGGCGUAUAUCGGAGAUGCGAAGGCGUUGAUGCAGAUCCCGCAUGAUAAGGGUGAUGGUGGGCGGUACUUGCCAGAGGGGUUGACGGGCCGGAUGGCGUGGCUGGUGUGGAAUUCGGCGUAUUUGACCAUGAGUAUUAGUUGGAGGAAUAAGUUGAGAGUGGGGUUUAGGUGGUUCUUGAAUCAGAUUUUUGGGAGGGAUGUUUCGAGGUAUUAG